GUAGCAGCCUGCAUCACUGUUGUUGGAUGCUUCUUAGUGGUGGUGCCCCGCACGGCCCUGUGCGCACCGCUGGCACUGCACCCCCAUCUGCCGCUGCCCUGGGAUUGAGGUCUUCAUCCUCCCUAGAUUAUCACAGGAGGCCCAGCACACGCGAUCGCCGUGUGUCCCGAGGAGCCGAACCCGCCAUGUCCGCAGAGGUGUCGCAGCAGCUGGACCAGGCGCUGAUUGACGAGAUGUUUGGCGGCGCCAUGCCCAAGCAGGAGGUACAGGCGCAGGCGUUCCUCAAGGAGCACCCGCAGUACGAUGGCCGCGGCACAGUGGUGGCCAUCUUUGACACGGGGGUGGACCCCGGGGCCGCAGGGCUGCAGACCACCACCGACGGCCGCCCAAAGAUCAUUGAUGUGGUGGAUUGUUCCGGCAGUGGGGAUGUGGACACCUCAAAGGUGGUGCUUGCCGAUGAGGAGGGCUGCAUAGCGGGCCUGCUGGGCAACAAGCUGCGACUCAACCCCGAGUGGAGCAACCCCCAAGGGGAGUGGCUCGUGGGCGCCAAGGCGGCGUAUGAGCUGUUCCCGGCGGGCCUCAAGAGCAGGCUGCAGCGCGAGCGCAAGAAGCGGUGGGCUGAGAAGCAGCGCGCUGCGGUGGCCGACGCUGUGGCAGCAGCAGCCAAGUUUUGGAAGGAGCAUCCCGGGGGCGUUUCGGGGCUGUCGGACGAGCUGAAGAAAGAGCGGGAGGAGUUGGAAGCCAGGGUGAAACUGCUGGCUGAGCUGGACGAGAAGUACGAAGACUUGGGGCCCAUGAUUGACUGCGUGGUGUGGCACGACGGCGAGCACUGGGUGGCGGCUCUGGACACCUCGGGUGCGCGGCCUGGCUGCCCCGCCUGGCUGCUCACCCCAGCCUUCCAUCCCCUCCGGUGCCUUGCAUGGGGCACCUUCUCCGCGGAGGAUGCCUGCAACUUUGCCCUCAACAUCUACGACGAGGGCGACACGCUGUCCAUAGUUGUGGAUGCCGGCAGCCACGGCACACAUGUGGCGGGCAUCACCGCCGCCCACCACCCAGAGGACCCCUCGCUCAAUGGCAUCGCGCCAGGCGCCCAGAUUGUGUCAUGCAAGAUCGGGGACACGCGGCUGGGCAGCAUGGAGACGAUGGUGGGCCUGACCCGCGCGCUCAUCACCGUGCUGGACAACAAGUGCGACCUGGUCAACAUGAGCUACGGGGAGGCGACAGCCACGCCCAACGCGGGGCGCUUCAUCCAGCUAGCCGAGGAGCUUGUAUACAAGCACAAUGUCAUCUACGUGGCAUCGGCAGGCAACGCGGGCCCCGCGCUGAGCACGGUGGGAGCCCCUGGGGGCACCUCCACCGCCAUCCUUGGCAUCGGCGCCUACGUCAGCCCCGCGCUGGCCGCCGCCGGGCACAGCCUGAGGGGCGAGCUGGAGGCGGGGCAGCAGUACACUUGGUCCAGCAGGGGUCCGGCGCCGGAUGGGGACCUGGGGGUCAACUUCUCGGCCCCGGGCGGCGCCAUCGCGCCCGUGCCUCAGUGGACACAACAGAAGCGGCAGCUGAUGAACGGCACCAGCAUGGCCUCCCCCUGCGCCUGCGGCGGCCUGGCCCUGCUGCUGUCGGCGCUCAAGGCUGAGGGGCAGGCCAUCACCCCUGCACGCAUCAGGCGCGGCGUGGAGAACACUUGCCUGCCGGUGGCGGAGGGCAGCGCCGACAGCGUGCUGACCCACGGACGCGGCCUGCUGCAGGUGGAUGCGGCCUAUCGGUACCUCAGGCGCGCUGCCGAGCUAGACGUGCCAGCAGACCUCCGGUUCGAGGUGUCUGUGCGGCGCAGCGACAGCAGCCACACUCGCGCCGGUAUCUAUCUGCGGGACCCCCAGGACGCACGCCAGCCCCUCACCUUCCACGUGGACGUGUCUCCGCGGCUGCAUGAGGAGGCUGACACCAAGGGCGACCGGGUGGAGGUGGAGCACAAGCUGCUGCUGAAGUGCAAAGCGCACUGGGUCAAGGCGCCCGCGGUGCUGCUGCUGCACCACAACGGGCGCGGCUUUGAGGUGGAGCUGGACCCCACAGGCCUGCCAGAGGGCCUGCACUACACCGAGGUGCAGGCUUUUGAUGCACUGGCCGAGUGGCGGGGCCCCCUCUUCCGCCUGCCCAUCACGGUGGUGCGGCCGCUGGACCUGAAGGCCGAGCCGGGCAGCAGCAGCGGCAGCGGGGCCGUGGUGCGGCCGGAUGCUUCGGUGGACCUCGGCGUGCUGCGGUUCGAGCCGGGGCAGGAGGCGCGGCGGUUUGUGGCGGUACCGUCGGGUGCCACCUGGGCGGAGCUUAAGAUCCGGGCCGGCGAGCUGGACACACCCAAGGCAAGGCUUUGGCCACAGCACUCCUACAUGCUGCGCGCCACGGCGCUGCUGCCGCACACCCGCUACAGCGACAGCGAGUGGCGCUCCUUUGCCCAGCUGUCGGCGCACCAGGAGUUUGGCGCCGCCUUUGCCGUCACCGCCGGCACCACCCUGGAGCUGACGCUGGCGCAGUACUGGAGCAGCCUGGGCGACGCCACGCUGAGCGCUGAGCUGGCGUUCCACGGCGUGCAGGUCACGCCCGCCAAGUCACUGCUGAUUGACGGCGGCGCCGGCGCCACCAAGGUGCACGUCGCCGCCACCCUCCAGCGCGAGAGGGUGAAGCCGGCGGCCAAGCUGGAUGUGCUGCGCAUCCCGCUGCGCCCUGCCGAGGCCGAGCUGGCGCCGCUGGCCACGCCGCGCGACACGCUGUAUGUGUACGAUGGGGAGCUGGAGGGGCAGAUGUUCAUGCUGUUCGACGGCAACAAGCAGAAGCUGGCGGUGGGCGACAUCUACCCGGAGGCGGUGCAGCUGAAGAAGGGGGAGUAUGUGGUGCGGGUGGCGCUCAGGCACGACGACGCGGGCCUGCUGGAGAAGCUCAAGGCCAUGCCCAUGAUUGUGGAGCGGCGGCUGGACAGCGCGGUGCAGGUGCCUGUGUACGCCUCCAACUCGGACGCUAUCAAGGGCAGCAACGCGGUGGGCAAGGAGCGCACGCUGUGCAAGGGGGAGCGCGCCGCUUUCUUCCUGGGCCCCGUCCCGGAGGACAAGCUGCCCAAGGAUGCCACCCCAGGCCGCCUGCUGGUGGGCAGCGUGACGUUUGGCCAGCUGGGCGGCGGCGGCGGCGGCGGCGGCGGCGGCAACGGCAACGGCGGCGGCCGCCCCUGCCCCGCCGCCCACCAGCUCUCCUAUCUGGUGCCCCCCAAGAAGGCAGAGCCGCUGGCCAACGGCGGCGCGGGCGGCGGCAGGGAGGAGGGGGAGGAGGGGGAGAAGCGGGUGGAGGCUCGGCUGGCAGAGGUGCUCCGCGACGCUCAGGUCAAGCUGCUCAAGGAGCUCAAGUGCGAGGGCGAGGAGGAGCGGCAGGCGUAUGAGGAGCUGCAGGCGCAGCUGCUGGCGGCGCACCCGGCCCACCUGCCACUGCUGCUGGAGCGGCUGCAGCGUGCGCUGGAGGGGGCGGACGGCGGCGUCGGCGGCGGGGGGCAAGGGCGGGGAGGAGGGCCCGAGCGAGGGCGUUGCGGGGGUGGAGGUGCGCGGGCGUGGGGUGGGGGGUGUGGGGGCGCUUCGUGGAGCUGGCGGGCUGUGGUGAAGGCGGCGGAUGCAGUGGUGGCCGCCAUCGGCCAGGACGAGCUGGCCAUCCACCUGGCGCAGAAGUGUGCAGAGGAGGGGCCCGGCGCGGCGCGACGCAAGAAGGACAUGGAUGAGCGCAAGGCCGCGCUGAUCGACGCGCUGGCAGCCAAGUGCGGUGUGCUGCUGAAGCAGGCGACGGCGGCGGCGGCGGCGGCGGCGGCGGCGGCGGCGGCGCCAGAGGGCGGCGACGCGGAGGCGGCGGCGGCGGCGGCGGCAAGCGCCACCGCCGCCUUUGAGGCCGCCUUCCGGGAGCUGCGCAAGUGGGUCGACACAGCGGCAGACGAGAAGCAUGUGCUGCUGCAUGCCAAGCGCGAGGCGCUGGCGGGGCGCCUGGCAUCGGCGUAUCGCGUGCUGGAUAAGGCCGCAGCCCCAGAGGACAAGCCAGCCCCCAAGGAGGUGCUGGAGUGCAGGACCCAGCUGCUGGCUCGGCUCAACUGGCCACACUGGGAGCGGCAGCAGCGGCGGCGCCUGGCAGCAGCCUUCCCACCCGCCUACCCACUGUUCUGA